AUGCAUCUCGCACUGCUCGCUGUCCAGCUUCUCCUUCUCCAUGCAAUCUCUUGUAUUGCUGCAGUUGGACGAACACUUCCGACCCCGACAUCACCAGCCACAACGACAGCAUCACUCCGCUUCCGAGCUGCCACCCAACAGCCCACCACUGUUGCCUUGGCUGCUGCCCAGACUGACGGUCAGCUGAUCACCUGUGGUUACCUCGAUGGCAAUGCCAGCGCUCCCCGCUCGGCCCAGCCUGGGUUUGACUGCCGCAUCGACACGCUGCAUGGCAUCUGGGGCUUCUGCCCAACGACGGUCAUCGCCGCCACGGACUGCGGUCUUGCUGCGGCAUGUAGUGACUCGGGGACCUGUACCAGCAUUUGUGAAUUCAAUGCUGCCUCGGGCCUAACGACAAUUACAUGUCCCAGCUCCGGUACCAAUGUGGCCUACUGCUCGACGGCCAUGCUGACGUUUGGCGUGGACCAGAGCUACGCAUAUGUGGCCUGUGGACACAAUCCAGUGACCGACCACUAUGUUGCCACGCCGACCUUUACACCCACCCCGUCAACGACCAGCUCCUCAAAGUUGCCCUCGACAACUUCAACUAGGCCCUCUGUAUCAUCCACUUCGUCGCCCUCUACCAAAUCGCCUGCAGCACAAAGCUCGUCGUCUAGCAGCAGCUCCCUGGCAACGCAGGUCUCCGCCACGAAAACAUUUGCCGGCGCCACUGUCGGUACGAGCCAGGCGACUUCAUCACCAUCACCGCCCCCGGCUAGUAGUAGCAACACGAACGUCGGGGCCAUAAUUGGCGGUGUACUCGGUGGACUCGCCUUGCUCUGCACUUCGGCUAUAGUCGUCGUGUUCAUCAUCAAGCGAAACCGGUCGAGCAGUCGCGGUGACAGACAGCGUGACGGCCCAUCAACGUCGACAUCGUCGCCACCACCACCUGACAUGUCCCCGUCCACAGCGCCAUUUCCACCAGCGUCGCCCUAUGCACAGCACGCACAAUAUGCUCCGCACCUGCAUGGCAUGCAUGCCGGAGCGCCCCCGCCUCGGCCACCUCCGGCAACAGGUCUGCCCCAUGCAAUGUACCCAAACGUCUACCAUGAGGCCGACUCGUCGACCGAAAAGUACAACCCAUCAUCAGCCCAGAGCAGAGGUUAUGAGGGCUCCGCAGCCUACGCUGUGGAACUUCCAUCCCACGACAAUUUUUGA